AGGGUGAGCUGUGGGGCCUGGGCAGGAAGGCUCACGAGGCCCCACUGUGAUGGGCGCUCGGGCCCUGUUGGAGUGAGCCGUGUUUCCCACAAGAGUCACCCGUGGGGCGGUGCCAUGGGGCAGGAAGCGGCCUGGCUGCGGAAGCGGCAGCCCUGCGUGGUGGGCUCUGCGCUGAGGCUGCUCGCACCCAUCCUGCGGCUCACCCCGCCAUGGCAGCGCUCAGCACCUUCCUUGCCUCUCUUCUCCUCUUUGGGCUGGGCCCCUACCUUGCUGGUGCCCGCAGCCCCCCAGGGGUGGAGUGUGUCCUCUUCAACGAGGAGUACAUGACCUGCACAUGGGGGAGCAGAGAGACACUCACAGCCAACUACUCCCUCUACUACUGGUACGGGAAAGCAUCCCCUGUGGUGGAGUGCAAGCACUACCUGCAGGACCAUGGCAUCAGCGUUGGCUGCCGCUUCAGUCAGGACGAGAUCAUCCAGUUCCAGCCUUUCCAUGUUCUCCUCAACGCCACUCUCGGCAGCAGGACCAUGAAGAUACUCAGCAAGAGCAUGGAGCUGCAGGACCUGGUGAAACCAGAGGCACCCGUGAACCUGACCAUCCACAAUGUGAGCAACAACCAGCUGCAGCUGACCUGGAGCUCCUCAUACCCCAAAGCGCAGUGCCUGGAGCACGCUGUUAAGUACAAGAGCAACAAGGACACCAGCUGGACGGAGCACCUGGUGAAUGGAGACAUGUUCUCCUUUCCCAGCAUGGACCAUGAGAAGUACUACACCUUCUAUGUGCGCAGCAAGAUCAACAGCUACUGUGGCAGCACCCAGCUUUGGAGCGAAUGGAGUGUCCCUGUGGUCUGGGGCAGCAACUCCACCAGCAAGGGCGCAGCAGAGGAGCAGCUACACUGGUUCUGGAUCCACACAGUCUUAGUCCCCAUUGCCUCCUGCCUGAUCUUGCUGGUCCUGGUCAUCCUGCUGGUGCGCAUGGAAAGGGUGUGGGUCAUCCUCAUGCCCCGGAUCCCCAACCCCAGCAAGAACUUCGAUGAGCUCUUCAUCACCCACAAUGGCAACUUCCAGGAAUGGGCUGGAGUCCCCAAAGAUGUCGUGGAGAGCUUCAAGCCCAACUACAGUGAGAACAUCUGCUACGUGAGCGAGCUGCCCCCCAACAACAGCUAUGAGCCCCUUUGGGAGGGCAGCAACCACCCCCCGUCUGCGGUGCCUGGGCCCACCCCCCCCUCCAAGCACAGCCCCUACAAGAACAGCUACAUGGGGGUGUGAUGCACCGCUGCACCCUGCGCCCUGCAUGACUGCACCCUGCAGUCUGAACCCUGCUGCUCCGUGGCCCUUGCUACCUGCUCACACCCAAAUCCUGGGACCCCCAGCCCUGCUCCCUGCCACAGCCCCAGUGACCCCACAGCUGCAGGGUGUGGGGUGAGCACCAGCAGCACCGCACGGUGUAGUGUGUGUCCUGCACGGUGCUCAGUGCGCAGUGCACAGCACCAUGCGUGUGCUAUUUCAUA